UUAAUGUUUACAUUGUGAGGAAAACUAGUCAAAAUUCAGCCCUGUUUUACCUGCGCGGCUUUCUGUAUUAAAGCACCUGCGUACACCUUUGUAAGCCCAGUCUGUCUGAUAGCACACACUAAGACAGGAAGAACUCUGUUGUGGAAUAAGCCCACUAUUCUAAAAAUAUUGAUUCAAAGGAUCAACCUUGACGUGCAACACCUUAAGUGCAUCGGUAAAGAAGAAAUUGAGUGAACUUUUUUUUAUUCAUUUCUUACAUAAGUUAUUUUCUACCAACACCAGGUAUUAUAAGCUCCCACACAGAAGCCUGGAGAGUCAUUGAUGCCACAAGAAGCCCGGAGUGCAGUGUGUUCAUGGUUUUUAUGGAGGAGAGCCAGAUUUGCAGCUGUAUGAAUUAAUAUCCGAAAUCGUCUAAUGGAGUAAAAAAAAGUCAUCAAUUAUCGAACUCUGUCACCAAUUAUCUAUCGGCUUUACUCACUUUUUUUUUAAAUUUUGGAGUAUAUAUAAGUAAAAGUGUUUACAAACGAUGUAGAUAUACUUUGUGACUUAGAACUGUGGCAUAUAGCUGGGACAUUAACAACAUUAAUACUAUAUAGUAGAUCUAGCAGGACUAUUUCCUAAUGAGGACCAUAAUGACGUCAUCACUAAGAGUCAUGGUCUUAGGAGCAGAGAAAACUGGAAAAUCUGCUGUUACCGUAAGAUUCUUAACCAAAAGAUUCAUAGGUGAAUACAACUCCAAUAUAGAUUUGUUAUAUAAGUCAUGCAUUAAGCAAGAAGACUAUUUGACAGACAUUGAAAUCCUAGACACCAGUAGCAAGAAGAACAAUUCCUCCUCGCCAUCUACCGAGACUCAGUUGAACUGGGCAGAUGCUUAUGUGAUUGUGUACAGCAUAUGUGACGCGUGUUCGUUCGAAAGAGCUAAGACUCUCUUGGAGAGCAUUAAUAAAGUUCGUUCAAACUCCUACAUUCCUGUACUUCUUCUUGGAAACAAAACCGACCUCGAACACAGAAGAGCUGUUGGUGUUGAGGACGGCCACCAGGUGGCGAUUGAGUAUAAUUGCCAAUAUUACGAAGUUUCGGCGGCGGAAAAUUACGUCACGAUCAACAUUGCAUUCCAAGCUUUGCUCAGAGAAGCGAAGAUAAACCAGCAACAGAAAUCUAUGUUAAAACGAAGGAGAACGUCUUUAGUGAAUGUAUCAAAGAAACUUGGUGCCAUGUUUAGUGGGAAGAAAGACUGUGAUUUCGAUAAAAGACGGACUUCCGUUGAUAUGAAUUCUCCCCUCAAGCUCACGUGAAACAAACUUUGCUUACAUCUCAAAGAAAGCGCCAUGGGCAGAUUGUCUGAAUGUUUUGAUGCCACAGAAUAUCAUAUCUGAGAUCUGACAUGCGAACAUUAAAAAUAAAAGGGGAUACAAUUCAAUUUCUCUAUAUAAUUAGCAAACAAUUGCUUGACUUUAGGAUAAAUUAUCUCUUUGUGGAAGAAACAAAGAUGUUUUAAGACACGUGCUGAUUUUAUAAUGCUCCCUGUGAUGUAUUAACGAGAGAAAUGAUCAAAUCAUUGCUCAUCUACAGAAUGCCUGUGAAUUAGAAGUGGAGACAGAGUUUAUUAUUAGCAUUGAAUGCUUCGUUGUUUUGUUACAUUUGUUUCCUUUUUAUGUUAUUUCGAUUAUCUUUGUAUAUCUACAAAAAUAAACAAUGUGAUUUCAUACAACACU